AUCUCAGGAAUUGGAACUGCAGUUUUCAUCUAUUCUUGUAGAUUCUGACCAACUUCCUCCAAACUGCAAAAUUAGUGCACAAAGGGACCACUCUUUUGGGGUUUUUUUUUUUUGUUUGUUUGCUUUUUAUUUAUUUAUUUAUGCAUACAAGAACUGGGGUGUAGGCCAGAAGUGCAGGGAGGCGGGGAGAGAGGAUUCACCAGAGACAGAGUGGGGAGCAGAACAGGUGGAUCUACUGCAAUACACUGCUGAGGGGAGCAGAGGGCGAGACAGGAGAGGUCUGCUGCCCUAUGUGGGUCAACUCCCUGGCCAGGGAUCAAACUCAUGCUGCAGUGGGUGGAGAUAGCUUGAUAACACUGAGACUUUAACCCCAGCUCCACUAGGGAGGCCCAAGGGGACCAAUCUUUGUUAGAUGUAACUUCUAGAAAGGGAAUAGCUGGUUGAAUAAUAGUUUCAAACCAAACAGAGAAAAGUACUUAGUAUAAAACAGUACUUUCCCACUGUUUUACGACCUUUGGACCACACUGUAAACCUAGAAAGAGGCAAACAAGCCUGUAGGAAAACAGCUUCUGAACACCUUGUUCUCUAACUAGCCAUAGAUAUCUUCCACCAAAAAUGUGGCAGGUUAUGACGUCUUCCCAGUGGACCUUGUCCUGGAGUGAGGGGACUCUAAUAAUGUUACAUUUUCUAUUCAUCUUCAAAGAUUUGUCACUAUUUGCCAACAGGCAGUUUCCUUCACCUUCAUUCUCUCCUGUUGGCAAUGAGCAUGAAAAAAGUGGUUUUAUAUAAACAAGUGUAUUAAGUCCACCUCCAAUAAAGGGCAGAAGCCUGGGCUUCAGAAACAGAUUUGGAAAACAAGACCAUGAAUCUGAUGAACUAAUUGCAAACCUAUUUUGUGAUUACUUUUUACUUACCAUUUUUGAUCUUGAUAAUAUUUGUGUGAGUCCCAAGUAAUUUGCCUGGUAAGCAGAGACCUGAUAGUCCCUUAUUCAGGUUAUAUGGGCAGAUGGGCCUGGGCAUAGUUGUUGUUUUCUUUUAAGCUCCCAUACACUUAAUAGGUAACCAUCACUGUUGAUCCACUGAUUUAAACUCUUGAUUCUGCAUCCAGGUUGCAUGAAUAAUGAAUCUGGUUUUCUCUCUAAAAGCCAACAACAUAUUCUCUAGUUCCCUAGCUCUUGGAGUACACAGGUAUUAGACUUAGUACUUACUCUCCCAAGUCUUCCUGCCUCCUUUCAUAUCAUAUCACUGUACCAACAUCAAAAAAUCUUAAAUCUAACCUAAGGCCACACUCUCUCCAGCCUUCCUUUCCUGGGAGAUAAAAACCAAAGCCUCCCUGCCCUUUCUUAGUUUCCUGGGGUGGGUUAGCUGUGGCAGAGAGAUCAAAGGACAGGCCUCUUUUAUCCCCCAAACUUGACUCAUCCUUCAUAGUUGGGCCCAGGUCUCCAUCCAGAAAGGACACCUCCUGGCCUGACCUUCCUGCUGUGCACUGGACCAUCAGAGCACUUUCCAUCUUGUACUGUAAUUCAUUAAUGGGAGGCUGAACACAGCUGUGCUGAAGGGCACAGGUUUACUCAAGUUUAAAUCUCAGCUUCCUCUCCUACAAUAUGUGACUUUAAACAAAUCACCUCUCUGGGCUUUAGUUUCCUCCCUUGUAAAAUGUGGCCAGUAAUAGUGCUUUAAUGUCCAAAAUUGUUGAGAGAGAUAGGAGUAAAGUGUGUCAUAGGUCACCUGCCCCCAGCGCCCAGCUGGAAACAACCAAUAGCAAGUUGGCAACGCUCGGGCAGUCAGGCCAACGAGGGUCUGGAGGCCAGGAGGGUCUGGAGGCCAGUGCAGGACCUGGGACUCCUUCCAGCUUCUAUGCUAGCCUGGGCUUGCUCCCUCGCAGGUAGGGCGGGACCGUCGGGUUGAGUGACGGCGGGUGUCCCGCCCCGGGCGUGACGUCGUCCUGGUGUUGUUGCUGCGGCCGCACGUGGUCGACUGAGUCCGCCUCAGACUCAGCUGCGCUCAGCGUCCUCAGUACCAGCCGCUUGCAUUCCUGCUCGUCCCGCUCGCUAUGUCCACGUCCACGAGCUGCCCGAUUCCCGGGGGCAGGGACCGACUGCCCGACUGCUACAGCACUACGCCGGGGGGCACGCUAUACGCCACCACCCCGGGAGGCACCAGGAUCACCUACGACCGAAAGUUCCUGCUGGAGUGCAAGAACUCACCCAUUGCCCGGACACCACCCUGCUGCCUCCCUCAGAUUCCCGGGGUCACAACUCCUCCAACAGCCCCACCUUCCAAGCUGGAGGAGCUGAAGGAGCAGAAGGAGACAGAGGAAGAGAUACCCGAUGACGCACAAUUUGAAAUGGACAUCUAAUCCAGUGCCGAUGACUGUGUGUAUGGAGUUAGAGGGAUCCUUCAUGCCGUUCCUGCCACCACCUCUUCCAGGGGUAGCCAAAGGCCAACUGGCCUCAUCUAAUCUGGAAGGGAGUGACUUGUUGGUUCUGGGCCUCCCUUAGUUCUGAGGCAGCUAGACCAGAGAUAGGAGUGGGCAACUUGCCAAGCCCUUUGCUCUACUUUCUCUGUGGUCUGUAGGCACUCCUCCCAACCCCGAGCCCUCCAUGCUUAAGGGCUGAGGCUAGGACUGGGGAAUGGAGUAUGUCACCUUCUGCUUAGUAAAGGUUCAAAGAAAUG